CGCGCCGCCCCCCGCCAAUGCGCAUGCGCGGCGCGGCUACGUGGAGAAGCCGGCCUUUAAACGCGACGUAUUUGACGGCGAGCGGCGAAGUUUUUUUUCCUCUCGACUUCUUCUCAUCCCUCCUCCUCCCUGCGCUGUCGGCGAGCGAAUUACGGGCGCUUCGAGAAUAACCCGCCGCGCUACAGUCAGCGCGACACUCGGUCUGGUGCGACUCGAGGAGGGGACCAAAGGGAGCGAUUCGUUGUCAUUGGAAGUCGUUGUGCCUUCAUCUCUGCAGCCAUGGGGAGCCUUUUUAGUGUGUUUAAAGACUUGCUGGGCAAGAAGGAAAUGCGCAUCUUGAUGGUGGGACUCGAUGCAGCUGGAAAGACUACAAUCCUGUACAAGCUUAAGUUGGGAGAAAUCGUCACGACCAUCCCCACUAUAGGGUUUAACGUGGAGACUGUGGAGUACAAAAACAUCAGCUUCACGGUGUGGGACGUGGGUGGUCAAGACAAAAUUCGUCCACUUUGGCGCCACUACUUCCAGAACACGCAAGGGCUGAUAUUUGUGGUGGACAGUAAUGAUCGGGAACGUGUGAACGAGGCAAGGGAGGAGCUGAUGAGAAUGCUUGCUGAAGAUGAACUCCGAGAUGCUGUUUUACUGGUGUUUGCGAACAAACAGGAUCUGCCCAACGCGAUGAAUGCAGCCGAGAUCACAGACAAGCUGGGCCUGCACUCGCUGCGCCACAGGAACUGGUACAUCCAGGCGACAUGCGCCACCAGCGGUGAUGGCCUCUACGAGGGCCUUGACUGGCUGUCCAACCAGCUGAAGAACCGGAAGUGAUGUACGCAGCUGUUGCCUGGCAACCAGCAUCAGUCCUGAGAGCCACCCCCAUCCCUCCUUCACUGUCCUCUCACCCCAUCCACCUUAAACUCCCCAAUUCCCAAUCCCAGCGAGGCAUGGAACUUUUGCUUGUGUGUGUAAUGGUGGUGGUGCGGAGCAGAGGUGUUCCUUACAAUUAGGUGCAUAAAAAACAGAAGUUACUGCAAAUGUUGCUUUUAACCUUCCAAUCUAUGCUUACUCAAUUUGGCUGCAUUGUGAAUCCAGAUGCUCAUGGAGGAUCAUAGAAACACUGGGGGGGGGGUUUGUGAUUGCAGGUAAAGCUGUAAGGUGUGUUUUUGAUUUCCAUAUUUAUUUAUGCCUUUUUCAAUACAAAAAACAUAGGGCUGAAGUGCAAACUACUGUUGAGCAGGUUAUCAGGUCGGUGUGCUGGGGUGGGCUCAAGUUUGGCUUGAAUUAACAAUGAGAUGAGAGCAAGUGCAGUGGAUACAACCACAGCCAUUUGUCGUGCAUAAACCUGGCUUUAAAACAAUUAUAUUCCAAACAUUCAAGAUCACACAUUUAUUUGCCUGACUGCAAAACCUGUGAAGGACAAGUUUGCAUUUAAAACUAUGUUCAUCUAGAAUGGCAUUGAUUUCCAAAUGCACUGCUUUUGUCAAGUGUUUCAAUCCACUGGUAAAUUAGGGCCUCCCCCAACGCGGUGCAGGCCAUCUGGGUUAUAUGUUGUUUGGAAGCAAAUGCAAGUUGUUGUUUCACAUCCAUUGCAUUAUGUGCAAAUGUAUGGGAUGAAUUUUUUUGUCUUUGGGUUUUGUUACCAUUACCAUUCCUUGAGUUAUUGCAGUAAAUUGCAAGUUGUUGAAUUUAUAUAUCCUGUAAAGAUGGUCAGGCCCUUUUAAAUAGACUAGGUUAUAUUAGUAGUUGGAAACAUUCAGACGUUGAUUGCUUUGCUAUGUGUUUGUGGUAGUUGGGUCUUUGUUUUAUAUGAUGGAGAAAUCAAAACUAUUGUAAUAAAGUAAAGGACAAAAAUA